AUAUAUUGUCAAAAUUGGACUGAAAUUGUAAACAGUAAACACGCACGUGGGGUUGGCUGGCGCAGAAGCUUGUCGUAGGUAUUUCAAUUAAACAAACUAUUUCCAUCAGUAAUAUGGUUGUAGUAGAAACAAUGAGCAAACCUACUUUAAAAGUGUCUGUAUCUUCGGAUUCAACAAGUGAGGAGGAAUCUGAGUCUCAAAGUGACGAAGAAAUUGUACAAGAACCGAUCUUGGAUGAAGCUGAGGCGGACAAUGAGGACAAUGAAUCCAUCGACGAGCCACCAGAGGAAGACAGUAUGUUAGUAACUAACGAAGGUUGGGCGGACUCCGUAGCGAAGAUUUUGGGUUCAACUAAACCAAAAAACAAGAAAACUUUAGUUUUAUCAAGGGCCAAAAAACAUUCAGAAGUUAUCAAAAAGAAGGACGAGAAACCGGCUUUUGAGGUGAUUGGUGAGGAAAAGGAGGAGAAAUCACAAAGCGAAAUUAAGAAAGAAGAAUCCACUUCAGAGCCCCCUGUCAAGAAACCUAAAAUUGAAAAACCAUCCAUAAGAGUAAAGCCAAACAUAUUAGAGAAGGACAGAGAAAGACUUUUAACAAAAAUAGCAACAAAAGGUGUGGUGCAGUUAUUUAAUGCUGUAAGGAAUCAACAGAAAUCUCUGGAGAAAGAUAUGAACAGGACAGAUUUGUCUGAGGCAAAGAAAGAGAAGAUAUUGAAAAAGUUUGAUAAGCGUGCCUUUUUGGAUACAUUGAUGGGUCAGACAAAGUCCAUAGUAGUGGAUGAACACACCAAGUCAUUGAAGGAUGAGGUGAAAGAUGAACAUGAUGCACCUAAGUGGAGUGCUUUGAGGGAUGACUUCAUGAUGGGUGCCAAGAUGAAGGACUGGGACAAAGAGUUGGAAGAUGAUUGAAAGAUGGAAUUUAUUUUAGUAAUUUUAAUAAAUAUUGUACAUAUAAAAUCUUCUAUAUUAUUUACAUGGAAUGAUACAAAAUAUACUUGCACAUGAAAUCACUUUUAACCUA